CCAGCGAGUGUACUACACAGAAAAUCGCUGCUGACCUCUGGUCUGCCAGUUUAAUCCGCCAACAGCCGUUGUGCAGUGAAGAGUUUUGCGUGCGCACGCGUCGUUCUUCGCAUUUUAUCACAUCACAAUCAACAACCGCCAAACAGGCAGGGAUCGGUUGAGCCGCAACGUUUGACCAUUAAAUUUAAUGUCGCGGAUGAAAGUGAUUUACUCCGCUCGUUUUCUAAGUGAAUCGUACUUAAAGUUUUUGCUGGCGUACUCUUAGUACACACACACAUAGUUAGUUAGUGGUCGUCGUCGGUGUGAAUUGCAUCUACGUUUCAUAGCUACAGAUGUAUGUAUCAAUAAAAAACAGCUAUAAAUAAACAACAAAAUGGGCAAUGCAGGAUAUACGUGCAUUCGAAGGACGUUUUGCUGGCUUAAUAUAAUUUUAUGGCUUUGCAGUUGCGCUUUUCUUGGUGUCGGAGUCUGGCUGCGACUGUCGUAUGAGGGCUACGCCACACUGCUGCCUGAUCAUCACGUCUUAAGCGCCGAGUCGAUUUUCUUAGCGAUCGGUGUGGUCGGCUUUGUUGUCUCAUUUUUCGGCUGCUGUGGAGCUUGGGUGCAAUCGCGUUGUUUUUUAGUGCUGUACUUCCUGUUGAUUGUUAUGCUCUUCCUGAGCGAGUUUCUGAUUGGCUCUAUUGCCUUCCUCUUCCGCGGCGGUUUAGGGCGCACUUUUGCCAAUGAGUUACGUUUCGGCAUCGAGCUGCAUUAUAACGCUUCGGAUCGUGGCAGUUUGGUGGCGCCAUCUGUGGCCGCCAUUUGGGACAGUGUACAGCAAUCGUUCGAGUGUUGUGGCGUAUCCUCGUAUGAAGACUGGUAUGAUAUUCAGUCGUGGAGUGGCAAACGUUGGGUACCCGAGUCGUGUUGUCGGCCUUCGGAGGCGCGUAGCAUAUUGACCGAGGGUUCUGGAGACAGUUUUCUGCGAGUCGAUUGUGGGAAAUCCGAAAAUCCCAGCCUCUGGUGGAGUAGGGGUUGCGCGCAUUCAUUGCAAGCCUGGUUCCAAGGUCAACUGAAUGUGGUUGGUGCUGUUGCCUUGGGCAUUGCAUUCGUACAACUCUUCGGCUUAAUCACGUCGAUGCUGCUAUUCUGCACCGUAAAACACAAAAAGGAAACGGAGACCUAUAAAUCCUAUUCGCCAUCGAUUGAUCCACAAACACGAACGAGUAGUUGGGAGGACUGAAGCCGACUUUAGCGUUGUGCUAAAGGCAACGAUAGUAUUCUUAUCAUAUCUUAUUGAUUAAUGGCAUUUAAAUUAAGAUACUAUUUAUCUACGAAUUAAUGAAGUGAGAAACGAUUAGGAUUAGUCAUUAAAAUACAUAUAUUUGAUAUAGUAAUCGUAAACGAUUUUUAGUAUUAUAUUAUACAUACAUACACACACAUACAUAGAUAUAACAUGUAUGCAAAUUGUGCCAAAAAUAUUUAUUAAGUUAUCUACAGAGAUGUUUUAUGUAAUUUAUAGUGGGCUGAUUAUUAAAAACCAGCAAUUCAGACAUUGAAGAGAAGCGGGAAUGUCCGCCUGCUAAAUUUCUUUUUAUUAUUGCAUUUCGUUAUUUAUAUUAAAGCCGAAUGACAUUCGAAUUGCAAUAGCUUAACGAAUUUGCAGUGCAAUGUUUAUUAAUUCUACUGCAUAAACUGCCAAUUAGCGUUCAAAUCUAUAUUCUAUAAUACGAACACCUUGAAAAGUGUGUUUUUGCAGAUUAAAAAUUCCGAGAAAAAACAUAAUGAGGUUUAGGAAAUUUAGACGCCUCAUAAGGAAUUUCUGAAUUUAAGAAAAUACACUUAGCUAAAGCAUUUGUCAAUUGAAAUAGGUGAUUAACACGAAUGUAUAAUUGUUAGAAA